AGUAUAUCAGAGCCUCGUGGCCUACUACAAGUUGAAAUAAUCGCCUAAUAACCCUCCAACCUAACUAAGCAUCGACUAACUUUAUUCCGACAACUCCUCUCCCAACCAACAAACAACAUGACACACUUUCAGAUCAAAGUAGUUUCCGACAUCAUCUGCCCUUGGUGCUAUGUCGGCAAAGCCCGCCUCGAGCGCGCCAUAAAGCUCUACAAAGACGCCAUCCCCGGCGGCGCAAACGACACCUUCACCGUGACCUGGCACCCCUUCUACCUCGACCCAUCGCUGCCCAAAACCGGCGGUGUCGACACCAAGGCCUAUCUCGGCAAGAAGCUGGGCAGCCCCGAACGCCUCGCCAUGAUGCACGCGCGCCUCAAGGCCAUCGGCGAAGGCGAAGGCAUCAAGUUCUCGUUGAACGGCAGGAUCGGCAACACCCGCAAUGCGCACAGGCUCAUUCAGCUGGCAAAGACCAAGUCCAACGAGAUGGAGAAUAAGACUGCUGCGGCCCUUUUUCAGUUGCAUCAUGAAGAAGAUGGCGAUGCGUCGUCGAAUGACAUGCUAAUUGCUGCUGGCAAGCGCGCGGGCUUGGAUGGGGCCGAGGUCGAGAGCUGGCUGGAUAGUGAUGCAGGUGGCGACGAGGUUGAUCGUGAGGUUGCAGAGGCGCAGAGGAAGGGAAUCCAUGGAGUUCCUAACUUUACCAUCAACGGACGGUCAGAACUCAGCGGGGCGCAGGACCCGGAGACCUUUGUCCAAGAGUUCUUGCGUGUAAAGGCUGCUACUUCGGAUGUUAGCGAAAGACCGUCUGAUGGGCCGAGUUGUUAAGGGUUGGAUGGCUGGCCAAGACGAACCCUGGGUAAUGAUGUAUGACAGGCAAAACUCAGUGUCGCAAAGCCCU